CUGGCCUUGUUCGCAUCGCUUUACCCACUGUGGUCCUACGAUUCUUUGUAAAACGGUGAUUGCCCCUCGGAAUUGAAAAUCAAGAUUUAUAUCAAAAUCGAAGCUUGAAUUGCACAGACGUGCAUGGUUCCGUUGCAUUGCCGUUCCAUAACAUUCAGCAUUACUGGCAUUUUUUGUUCAACCUGUGAUCAAUUGAACUUGUUAUUUACUUCAUGCAAAUGUUAUAAGAAGAAAUCGACAUUAUUUCGAUGCAGGCUGUCCCCCAAUCGAUAAGAUAACGUUCAAUUGCAAAUCGGCAUUGAACCCGAUCGGUUGUUUGUUGUGGUUCAGUUUCGGGGCCCUGCUGCUCGCGUGGGAGUUUCGAUAUUUCAAGUGCCACGAGCUUAGGGCAGGUCAUGUGUGCUGAGUGACGAUGGCGCAACUGUUAAAAUGGAUCUCUUUGAAUCAACCGGAAAAGGAACGCGUCCUAGGACUGGAAACAGCGGCCGAGUAUCGACAGCGAUGGAUUUCAAUCCGAGUGGUGUACUUUAUAGGAUACCUUAUGUUCUUAGCGUUCGGAAUAGUUGCCACCGGGUUAUGGCCUUAUCUCAAAACACUGGAACCCACGGUCAGCAAGGUGUUUUUGGCGUACGUCUUUGGUGUUACUCCACUGGGACAGUUGAUAUUCAGUCCAUUGUUUGGAUGGUGGACGAAUAAGCUAUCGUCGAUGCGAGUGCCACUGAUGUUGCUGGCAGCCAUUUUCACCGUAGGAAGUGUGAUCUAUGCACUGCUGGGGGAGUUUGCUGACCAUCGGGGGUACGUUUUGUUGUUUUCGAGAACAUUGGUUGGAGUUGGAUCGUCUGCGGUAACGAUAUGCAGAGCGUACAUUUCCUCGGCUACUAUGGUUUCGGAGAGGACGAAAACCAUAUCCUAUAUGGCAUUGGCACAAAGUUUAGGUCUGAUGGUGGGUCCUAUCUUUCAAUCGAUUUUCGCUGAACUCGGCGAGGAAGGAUUCAGCUUUCUGGGUUGGUUUCGGGUCAACAUGUAUACAAUUGCGGGCUGGAUCUGUGCAGCGCUCGGGUUACUCAACAUUGUGCUUUUGAUGCCGUGGAUUUUCCAAGACAGUCCCAUUGCUGUGAAGGAAGCAAUGAAGAACCAAGGUGCAGCCACUGCCAAGGAAACCUGGAAGUCAAUGCAGUUGCAGUAUUUCUCCAUUACAAUUAUGGUCGUGGCGUUUUCGUUGUUGAUGUUCGUGUAUGUGGCGUUUCAGACAUUACUGUCGCCGAUCGCUCUGGAUCAGUUUGGUUGGACCAAUGAGGAAUCUCUUUUCUACCUAGGAAUCCUGAUGACUGCGGGAGCUCUCAUAUCCUGCAUUCUGUUUCUGGUGCUAGAUCCACUGUGUAAACGUUUCAGCGAAAUCAACGUGCUCGUGUACGGUGCAAUGUUUGCACUGUUCCUCAGCCAGUUGUUUAUGAUUCCGAUAGGAUCGGAACCGAUUACUGCCUACAUGGAUGCUAACAGUACCAUCGGAUGUCCGCCCACCCAGGAAUGGUGCCAAUCGAUACCACCCGUGACAAAGAUUCAGUUCACGAUAGCCUACACACUGCUCUGCGUAGCGUUCUCCAUUGGAACAACGUUGAGUCAGGCAGUGUUUUCGAAACUCCUCGGUCCUAGACCGCAAGGGACAUGGAUGGCACUGUUGACAUGCGCUGGAAGUGCUGCUCGAAUUGUCGGUCCAGGUGCGGUUACGGUUUACGUGCUGCUUGGAACUUACUGGACGUUUGGUGCUAGUGCUACACUGUCCGGUUUGAUAUUCCUGUGGAUGUGGGUCUAUCGGGAUCGUUUGCAUCCCACCAAACCAGAACCGGCGGAAGAGCUUAAAGUACUUAAUUCUAUUAAGCAAUAGUAGUCUCAAAAAACGCGUAGCUGUGAUCUGUACUUACGUAAUAGACAAUAAAUUUUAUUUUUGUUAGGAAA